AUGACGGUGAUCGACAUCCUGACCCGGGUGGACGCCAUCUGCCAGAAGUACGACAAGUACGACGUCGACAAGCUCAACGGCGCCAACGUCGCCGGCGAGGACCCCUUCGCGCGCCUCUACGGAUCCGUCGACGCCGAAAUCUCCCAGUGCGUCGAGAAAGCGGAGUUGGCGAAGCAGGAGAAGAACCGGGCCGCCGUGGUCGCGCUGAACGCCGAGAUCCGCCGCACCAAGGCCAAGCUCCUCGAGGAGGACCUGCCCAAGCUGCAGCGCCUCGCGCUGAAGAAGGUCAAAGGGCUCACAAGAGAGGAACUUGCGACCCGUACGGAUCUUGUUACCGCCUUACCUGACAGAAUACAAUCAAUUCCAGACGGCAGUGCUACUGCGACAAAGAAAAAUGGAACUUGGGGAGGAGCCUCUGGGUCCCGUACCGGUGGAGGCAUUAAGUUUGACUCUACUUCUGAUGGAAACUUUGACGAUGAGUACUUUAAGGGAACAGAAGAAUCAAAUAAGUUCCGCCAGGAAUAUGAGAUGCGUAGAAUGAAACAGGAUGAAGGUUUGGAUGUUAUUGGUGAAGGGCUAGCGACUCUGAAAAACAUGGCAUCUGAUAUGAAUGAGGAAUUGGAUAGGCAAGUUCCUUUGAUGGAUGAAAUGGACGACAAGGUGGAUAGAGCAAAUGCAGACCUGAAGAAUACUAACGUGAGACUAAAGCAGACUAUUCUCCAGAUGAGAUCCAGCCGCAACUUCUGCAUCGACAUUAUCCUGCUCUGUGUCAUACUUGGUAUUGCUGCCUACCUUUACAAUGUGCUGAAAAAAUGAGAUGCAACGGACAGUGUAUGGGAAUCACUCAAGUUACAGUCGAGCAGUCCUGCAUUGGCUCCUCUACAUGUCAUGUCUUCCGGCGAUGGGGAUUCAACGAGCUAUUUCUUUCAUCUCUUCUGUGUAAUAUCAUGGUGUUAUUAUUACUCCUAGUUUAUUAUUAUCAUGCUUUGUUGAAGCAGUGAGCAUUGUAUGUGUGUUAUGACCUGAUUGAUGUCUGCUGUAUAUUCGGGGAGUAAAUUGCUUAACAAGAGUACGUUGUCCUUCUUUCCGAACCA